ACGUUAGCCAAAAAACUGAUCAAAAACCAGAUAAAAACCAUUUACUGAAAUAUCGAUUGUUUGUUCUCAGUUUACCAGAAUAACAACGUUCCACCUAGUUUGUUAGCUCUACCGGGAUACUCUUCCAUUCCCAUUUUGGUCGGCCACGCUGAGGUUACAUUCUGUUUUUUAGCAUAAACGCUUUUUAAAAUGUUUGCCGCUGUUAUUAUAUUAACAAUUUUACCAUGCAUUAUACAGGGAAGACCACAAUCGUAUUCCUACUCCUUCAACGCCCAUAAUCAGGCCCAGGCCAGCGCCGCAUCCCAGCUGAGCUAUCAGUUUUCCCACUCGUUCCCGCCGGCGCCGGCACCGUGCCAGUCAUCCUGCGGCUCACCAUGCGGUAGUCCAUGUGGCGGCGGCAGCGGAGGCGGAAGCGGCGGCGGUCAACAGCAGUCCUACCAGCAGCCAUCCCAGCCGUCUUACCAGCAACAACAACCGGCACCCGCUCCCCAGGCCACCAGUCUGACCAUUAACCUGGUGUGCUCACCCGGCAACGGUUGUCAACAGGCGCCGGCACCUUCACCACCUUCGCCCAGCUUCCAGUUCAGCGGAUCGUCCAGCGCCAGCGCCAAUGCCCAGUCGAAUUGCGGAUUUUCUAUGCAGGGAUGCGGCAAAAAAUAAAAUUCGCGGAACGUACGAAUGGGCGAAUUAGAACGUACCAACGAGCAAAUCAGUGAUUACAUACAAUGCAUUUAUUUAAUUGUGGUUUGAAUUUUUAUAGUAGACGUAUUAAUUAAUGGUAAGAAUUAGUUCCUUUAUUUGAUUCCUAAUGCUAAAACAUUUACCGUGAAAAUUACCGGCUGACUUCCGACGAGCUUUGCUAUGUAAUAUGUGCCGCAAAAUUAAACCGUGUAUGUGCCAAUAAAAUCGAAAUGCUGAGAAA